AUGCAGAUAUCUUCUUGUGUGCUUUGCUCUGAAUUCUCGCACCUGCCCAUCGCCAUGCCGUCGUCCAUGUACGCCGCACCGCAGGCAAGCGCAAGCAACGGCGUUGGCAAUGGCGACGGCAUGCCACACGUGCUUGUUGUCCCUUACCCGGCGCAGGGUCACAUGCUACCUCUCCUCGACCUCGCGGCGCUGCUCGCCGCGCGGGGCCUCGCGCUUACCGUGGCCGUCACGGCAGGCAACGUCCGGCUCCUCGCGCCGUUCCUCGCAGCGUGCCCGUCAGUCGCCACCGUCGUUCUACCGUUCCCUUCCUCGCCGUUCCUCCCGGCCGGGUGCGGCGAGAACACCAAGGACCUCCCGGCCGAUCUCUUCCGCCCGUUCAUGGCCUCCCUCGCGGCUAUCUCCGCGCCGCUCCUCUCCUGGUGCAAGUCCCAGCCCCGCGGCGUGACGGCCAUCGUCUCCGACCUGUUCACGGGGUGGACGCUCCCGCUUGCCGAGGAGCUCGGCGUGCCGCACGUGGCCUUCUCGUGUGCCAACGUUCACUACCUUGCCACGACGCACUCCCUCUGGCGACGCAUGCCAACAAGGCGCCACCUCGACGAUGCCGACGAGAUUGUCACCUUCUCGGAGGUGCCCGGCUCGCCUAGCUUCCCUUGGCGCAGCCUGCCGUGGAUGUUCAGGGUGCAUGUGCCCGGCGACGAGGUGUCGGAGACUAUCCGGCGGAACUUCCUGUGGAAUAUAGAGAGCUCCUGCUUCGUGGCAAACUCGUUCGCGGCGCUCGAGGAGGCCUACGUGGAGCAUCCGCUCCCCGACCUGAUGGCGAAGCGGGUUUUCGCGGUGGGCGCGCUGUCGGACGCCGUGCGCAACUGCGACGAACGUGGCGGGAAGCCGGCGGUGGCCCCGGCGAAGGUGGCCGCGUGGCUGGACGGGUUCGACGACGGCUCCGUCGUGUACAUCUGCUUCGGGUCGCAGCAGGCGCUGUCGCCGGCGCAGGCGGCGUGCGUGGCCGGCGCUCUGGCGCUGAGCUCGGUGGCUUUCGUCUGGGCGGUGAGGAGCGGCACCGUCGUGCCGGAGGGGUUCGAGGCCGCAGCCACGGCGGCGUCACGGGGCAUGGUGAUCCGCGGGUGGGCGCCGCAGGUGGAGAUCCUGCGCCACCGAGCCGUGGGGUGGUUCCUCACGCACUGCGGGUGGAACUCGGUGCUCGAGGCGACCGCGGCGGGCGUGGCGAUGCUCACGUGGCCGAUGGGCGCCGACCAGUUCAUCAACGCAUCGGUGCUUGCGGAGGCCGGCGUGGCGGUACCGGUGGCGGAGGGCGCCGACACCGUGCCCGACGCUGGAAAGAUGGCGAGCGUCAUGGCUGCAGCUGUCGCGAAGGAGGGGGAGUCCGUGAGAGAGCGUGCGGUGGAGCUCGGCCGGAAGGCGGCCGCCGCCGUGGCGGAGGGCGGAACCUCGCACAAUGAUUUGGAAGAGUUGGUGCGUGUGCUCAGUGACGUCGACUAG